GAUUCCAUCAGGGUCAUUGUUAUUCUAGCUAGGCUGUAAUUUUAUUCGAAUAUUGUACAUGCCUCCGACAACGCCUCUCUAUAUCACAUGUUAUAAGAUAACUGGCAUGACUAGUGAUAGACGCAGUAGAAAUUGACUUUAACUCGUCCAAAUACGGAGAUUAUCAUCGCAUUCAACGAUCCGAUGAGACGGAUCAGGGCAAGCCUGGUUAAUCAAGGAGAAUGACUUUGGAUAUGAGCAUGAUGUCGUUGGCGACAUGGAUAUCGGUAUUUGUGAUGUCUUCUUCGGUCGUGUAUGGAUGCUUCCCAAUGGAUACUGGCUCAACAUCGUAUCCUAACUUUUACGACGAUGAAGGCGGAGAGGUGUGGCAGGGGUCUGUGGAUUUCAUUGAUUACUGGUGCGGGAUACCUGAAACAUCAUACCACGUUGAUAGCCAAGACACUAAGCGACGUCAGCUACGGGAUAUUUCUGAGGACAUCGAUAUCAAUAAUUACAGACUUGAUCACUCGAUCGUUCUCUUCCGCAGCAAGAGCUUUGAGUUUGGACCUGGUGUCGACCUCGUCUAUGAUCGAGGAGGCGUUGGAAGAAAUGCCGAGGGGUGUCCUGUAUCCUGGACGCGGUAUGGGCAGAGCAAAUGCACCGUGGAGGAAGCGGAAGAGAUGGCCGCCCUUCACCAGGCGCAGUAUGGCUACCACCUCCUAUGGAAUAACUGCCACCAUUUUGCAGAAUGGUUCCUUCGCAAACUAGUGACCAAUCAAUGUUCACUCGCUCCGGAAUAUAAUAAGGAUGAUGCCAUUGGGAAGAUAAUGGAAGAAAAAGGGAGUGUGGAAAGUUUUCAAGUAGAGGAAGAUAUUAAGGAAGACGAGAGCGAAGUAACAGAUGGAAAUGAGAAUAAAGUAGAUUGAUGCGAUUUUUCAUCAUUAAAUUAAGUUUAUUGCUAUCCUAAAUCAUAGAAAAUUGAUUGUUGAAAAAAUAGUUAAUCACUAUUAUACUUUAUGUUAGAAAUGUAGCUUAAUAUGACCCCCCCGAAACACUAUCUUCAUGACGUCUGGUUCAACGUGCAAAAGAGGAGGGGAUUGUAAAUCAUAGAAAGAAAUAUAUGUGUAUGUCCAUGAGCACUGAGGGGAUCAACAGAUAGAUGAUGUUUCUUAAUCAAACAUUAUUGUAGUCGGUGGUUUCCUCCGAGAGCUUCGUGAAACACAAGAUUUGUCUGCGCUGACUAAAUUGUCAGCGCUGACAAUUUUAGCCAGCGCUGACAAUUAUCGCGUUACAAUAUCAAUAAAAAACCCCGAAAUGGAGUCAAUAGAGGAGUUCAAACUGCUAUCAGCACUACAUUUUUGGAAUAGUGUUGCAGGUUUGUUCAUGCGAUAUGGUUGAUAGAAGAAAUGAAUAAUUACGUGCAAGGGUAGACGAAAAUGUACAUCCAGUGGGGGCACCAGGAUUCCCAAGGGGGGGGGGGAGUGGAGACAAAAGAAAAGGCUUGGUAGGAAAGGCAAGGGCGGAUACUCAAAUUUACAAUGUAUGUCAUAGUUUUCACUUUUCUUGGGGGGAGGGGGUGGAGCGUAUAUCCCUUUGCCACCCAAAUUGUUGACCCAACUGAUUCACUGAAAGUACUCACUCAAAGUUUGUACAAAAGAAAAGGCUGGGUAGGAAAGGCAAGGGUGGAGACUCAAAUUUACAAUGUAUGUCAUAGUUUUCACUUUUCUUGGGGGAGGGGGGUGGAGCGUAUAUCCCUUUGCCACCCAAAUUGUUGACCCCACUGAUUGUUGCUGAUAAUGGCUUAAACCUCUAGCGUAGUUUCAGGGCUUCAAAACCGAAUAAUACGUACUCACUCAAAGUUUGUACAAUCAGUGAAGAGGGAGUUUAGAACUCCCACUCCCUCUUUCCUGGUAUAAUAAUGUGGACAAAGUAUGUGUUAAGUAUUCAGGAACCGUAUUCAUCAAUUACGGAAUGCACUACCCACUUUUGCUCUUUUUUUAUUAAGAAUAUUUUCUGAGCAAACAAGAGAAAGGAUAUGGGAGAAUAAUAAAUACACCACUAAAA